AAGGUAUAUGCAUAUUUAGAAAGUGAUGGAACAUUGAAUUACAUCAUGGCAGAAUGAAUGAUGAAAUAAAAGAAGGUUUUUUGUGUCCCAUAUGUCUUCAAGAUUUAAAGUCUCCAACAAAUCUUUCUUCUCAUUUUGAAGAUGUGCAUCAAGAUGAGAAGCAUAUUGUUGCACAACUUCGCUCAGUAUUUGGCAAGGCAAAACGAAAAAUUUUAAAACAACCUGAAAUUAAAUAUCAGACCGAAAAUCCCUCAGAGAGUUCUAUCUUAUCUUACGGAACUACUGCAACUGGUGGAAUUGACAUAUCAUUAUGGGAUAGUCAAAAGAUAGGACAGUUCCAAUCGCAUUUCAAUUUGUUUUCCCAGCAUAGAAAAAAUACAAUUGAAAGACAAGUAGUAGAAUUAAAUAAGCUUCUUAUUCGGCUUGAGAAGCUCAUGAAGAGUGGAAUCUAUUGUACAGAGAACUCUAACACUCUACUACCAAACGUUCUCAAAGCUAGAAAAAAUCUGGAAAGGCAAGUUGUACCAUGGGAAAGUGAUAAAGGCAUAGAAUUCUGUCCGCAUUGCAAAAAGAAAUUUAGUUUAACGUAUCGUCGACAUCACUGCAGGCUGUGUGGCAGAGUUGUAUGUGAUAAUUGUCUUAGCAAUUUAAAUAUGCUGCUCCCAGUUUCCUUAUUAAAGUUAGAUGAGACUCUUUUUAUGAAAUCAAAUCAAUCGGAAGACAAUGGCUUACGAGUUUGUGAUUCUUGUGUUGAUAUUCUUACAAGACAGUUGCAACUUCGAGAAAUAGCAAUGGCAAACACAAUUCUGCUUCAGCUCUAUGAGAAAAUGAUUUUUUCCAUGCAUGAAGCAAACGAGAUUUUGCCAAAGUUUUUAAAGAUGGCUGAUUCAUUAAAUUCUGGAGAAACUGAAUAUGGAUUUGAGUCGGUUACGGAAACAAGAUUGAAACUUCUAAAGUACUACGAAUCUGUAGAAAGUAUUAGUAAACGGAUUCAGUUUCUUGGAACAGACAAAGAUAAACAACCACAUGCUGGAGCUUUAAGAUUGCAGCGCUCUAUUCGCAUUUACGCAUCAAAUUAUUUAGCAGAAAAUAUGUUUACACUUCCUGGUUUGCCUUCAAAAGAAAAAUACUAUGAAAAUUUGAAGCAAAAAGAACAAGAACGAGUACGCAUGCGUGUUGAGAAAACUAAUUUAAUUUCUUUGCCGACAGAAAAUGCACAAACUAAGAAUGAAGCAAUUUCAGGAAAAAAGGCCGAACUAGUUGAGCGGGAAAAGAAAGUAGAUUUAGGAUGGGGACCUACUCAAGUCACAGUCGAAAAAGCAUCAGAUCCCAUUCUUCAGCAAAUUGAAAACUUAAAAAGUUAUAUUCAACAGGCUAAAGAAGCAAAAAAGUUUGACGAAAUUAAAACUUUAGAAGAAAAUCUUAGAUAUUUUCUUGAAUAUAAAUCCCAACAGCAAAAAAUUAACUAAUUUUCUGAAAAAAUCUAACGUUUUAAAAUCAUCGCUUUAAUGUUUAUGGAUGAGUGUUUCGUAAACAUUGUUGCAAAAAAAACGUUUCAUCACUCUUUUGUAAAAAAGAUUUUUCUUUUUUUCUGUGCCCUAAAUAUUAAAUAUAAAUCCUCAAAAUUUACGUUCGGUAUUCGGCAACGGGACGGAAUUCGGCAAAAAUAAGGUUUUAUUUUUUUUUUAAUCCGAGGGUUUAUACACACAUACAUGAGUGUGCGUGUGUGUGUGUCUUUGUGAAUUAUACAAUGAUUUAUUAUUUUAUACUUUUCAACUUUUUUUUUUAAAUUAUGAUUAUUAUGUUUUAGCGUUAUUUUUAAGAUGUUUGGUCAUCGUCAUAUAAAUGAAAUCAAAUUUUUUCCUAUAUUUUUUACGUAUAUUUACGCUUAUUAUGUUACGUUGUUUUUUACGUUUUUUAAAAAUUUAUAAUCUAGUAUUAUUAUUAUUAUUUUAAUUUGAUAACUGUUUAAUAUUCUGGUAUUAAACACUUAUCAAAUAACUUUUUGAAUUUUUUUGUUUGUUUUGUUUUGUUGUCUUUCUAUUUACAAAAACCUCUUUUAAAAAAAAGUUUUUUAUUUUGUUUUCAUAAAGUGUAAUAUGUAUCAGGAAAAUUAAAAUUAAGAAAUGCCGUUGCACGUUUUUUUAAAAACGAAAAGAGAAACUCGAUUAGCUAUGUAGUUUUUGCUAGUUUGAUUGUUUAAAUAAAAAAUAAAAAGGACAA